GAUUGCUAUAUUUAGGAAAACGCCUUACGCUUUAUAAAGAGAUUGCUGUAGUUUGUGGCAAAAGGCUCCGGAGUUAGUGGAAAGGACUGACUUGAGGGACGAGUUUGACCAGUAUCUGCUUAGAGUUUCAAAGCUACUGGAGUUGACACGACUAAACAUUACAACUGCCGACUUUGGACUGAGCCGCGUUUGAGAGCGAGAACUGGGAGAGGCAGCAAUGGCAGACAUACGAAAGAAACUUGUCGUGGUGGGCGACGGUGCAUGUGGGAAAACAUGUCUACUGAUAGUAUUCAGCAAAGACGAGUUUCCAGAAGUGUAUGUCCCGACUGUGUUUGAGACGUACGUGGCGGACAUAGAAGUGGAUAACAAGCAAGUCCAGCUGGCUUUGUGGGACACAGCCGGACAAGAGGACUACGACCGGCUGCGGCCGCUCUCCUAUCCGGACACCGACGUCAUUCUGAUGUGCUUCUCGGUGGACAGCCCGGACUCGUUGGAAAACAUCCCUGAAAAGUGGGUCCCUGAAGUGAAACACUUUUGCCCGAAUGUACCCAUCAUAUUAGUGGCCAACAAGAAGGAUCUCCGCAACGACGAGAACGUGAAGAAUGAGCUGUCUCGGUUGAAGCUGGAGCCAGUGAAAACAGAGGAGGGCCGGGCCAUGGCCACGCGCAUUGGCGCAUAUGACUAUUUGGAGUGCUCAGCUAAAACCAAGGAGGGGAUCUGGGAAGUAUUUGAAACGGCAACACGGGCAGCUUUACAGAAACGACAAACAACCCCAGGUGGCUGUUUCAAAUGCUGUGUUUUGAUGUGAACUGACUCUGGCUUGGGCGGGGGGCUACUGGGACGCGCAAGAACAGACGUUUCCUGCGUUGGGGUCCGUGUCUGGACAUGUGAGGGCAGUGACCAUUGUUCGGACACUCCCUCGAAGUCGGAUGCCUUUGCUUGAACCAAAACCGGUGACUGCAAACGGAGCUGAUUGGAACACACACGAAUAUCAUUUGAUAGCGGGUGUAAUGUGGGGGGGGAAAUACACUGGUUAUGGCAUGUUGGCAUGUUCUUUUUGGGUCACAUGAUCCCAGUCUGACUGAAAAAAAAAAAUCACAAACCGUUUGAUUUCAGUGGGCGACUUUUCAAUCCCCUUCUGCAUCUUCUCGUGUAGACGAGAAGGCCUGCUGGAGAGUCAAGAUUACUCUGCUCUCUUUUUUUGUGUUUUAAAGUUUGCAUAGGCCACAAGCCUUAUUGCCAUGGUUAUACUGUGUAACAAGCAAAGCAAAAAGAACAAAUGCACUGUUAUUUUUAAUAUGACGUAAUUGAAGUUUGAUCUUGCACAAGACCAGGAUGCUACAGCAACUCAUAGAAAGAAAGCUUGUUAAAACUACAAGUCAUUGCCAACUUGUUGUUGUUGUUGUUGUUGUUUUUGUUUUUUGUGAUAUUUUAGGGCACCUUUGCAAAGACAUUUCAUAGCUCAAGGUUGUAAUUGGUUAUUUAUGUUUUUAGAGUUUGUUAGUUCGGAGCACGGCUAAAAAUAACGAAUAGUUUUGAUUCCACAGUAUUAAAUGUCUUUUUUUCCCCUUCAAAUUACGCAGCAGGUUAGAUUUGAUGCAAGUUUUACAAGACUACACCUGGACCAGUCUUGAAAAGGGCUAACCACAAUGUCUUAUAGUUUUGCAGGUUUUCAGGCAGAAACUCUGUCAGUAUUAAGUGGGAGUCACGUUUUAUUACUUUAGUUUUUUAUGUUGCUAAGCAUGCUUUUACACAAGUUUUAACUCAUUUUGGCUAAUUUAUACAAACACACUGUCCUCUGUACAUAUAUUUCUGUACAGCACAUCUGAACAGCAUCUUUUGAAGCACAUACAGUAGUAUAUAGUCCCAUUUCCAUCCAGCUGUCUCUGUUCUUUCAAACACA